AUGAAGAGUCAUCUUCGUAAUCUCUACCUACUCGUUCUCGCGUCAACGGGAAUUACGGUCAUCAUGGAGCCGAAAGAAAAUCUGGGGAUGAGUAAUAAGAAUUCGUUGAAUUUUAACGAGGCCUUCGGCGCGUGCCUCUCGAAAAAAGAAUACGGUAUCUUUGAGUGUGCGAAUCAUGCCACACUCGGUGUUCUUCGAACGUUUAACGAGCAAGACGAGCUGAAUUUUGGAUGUCUUCGCUUGGAGAGAGCUGAUGGUUACGAGCGAGAGUUGGUCGAUCUCGAUUACGAUCCGAGGAGCUUUGAGAACGUGAUAAAGGCCGCUGUGAAACUUAUAGAACGCAGAGGCAUGAAGUGGGACUUGGAUUAUUUGUAUCCGGGACUUCAGAUGCGCGUCGGUCCGACGCUAAAUGCAAACGGGGUUUUAGAAUUUGUAUUGAACGAAAGACCACCUUCGUACGUCGACAGGCAAUCUGGAACAGGAAGGCAGCUGACAAGGCACCUGUUGCCCUUCCUCCUGGGGUUCAAGUUCAAUCUUGUGUCUCUCAUACCGCUAUUCUUUGGUAUGCUGCUGAUCAUUUCGAAGAAGGCUUUGCUGUUGACGAAAGUGGUACUCUUCAUAAGCGGUCUUCUCGGUUGGACUUCUGUAUACAAUGUUCCUCAAAUUCAUCAUUCGCCACUUUUUAAUGGAUUCGCCCAAUAUGAUCAACCUUACGAAAGUCAAAUAAACAAUAAUGGACCUUUAUACGAUCAUUAUCAUAAUCUUAAUUUUCCAUAUCGUCCUUAUCGUGUGCCGUCAAACGUCGAAUUUGCCCCAUAUGAUCGACACGUUGUCAGAGAAGUGGUCGAUGUUUAUGACGGUAGUGAUCAAACGGAUCAAAGUACACGAGCUAAUAAAAAUUUUGCAUGGACAAAAAGUUGA